GUUUUGAUUUCAGUUAAGCGUGUAUACUACCACACGGUCAAGUAUUGGUGCUGAGAGUAAUAUAGAUUUGGUUUUGAAUGUGGAGGACUUUGAUAUUGAGUCCAAAUUUGAAAGGACAGUGAAUGUCUCUGUACCAAAGAAAACCCGAAAUAAUGGCACAUUAUAUGCAUAUAUAUUUCUUCAUCAUGCUGGCAUUUUGCCUUGGCAUGAUGGUAAGCAGGUGCAUAUAGUAUGCCCUCUGACCACGUACAUGGUCCCUAAACCAGAAGAGAUUAAUUUGCUCACGGGAGAAUCAGCCACACAGCAAAUUGAAGCAGAAAAACAGACCAGUGCUCUAGAUGAACCCGUUUCUCACUGGAGGUCACGAUUAACCUUAAACGUCAUGGUGGAAGAUUUUGUGUUUGAUGGAUCAUCCCUCCCUGCUGAUGUUCACCGUUACAUGAAGAUGGUUCAGUUGGGGAAGACAGUGCAUUACCUUCCAAUAUUAUUUAUUGAUCAGCUAAGCAACAGAGUGAAAGAUUUGAUGGUUAUAAAUCGUUCAACAACAGAGCUACCUCUGACAGUGUCAUAUGACAAAAUAUCUCUUGGAAAACUCCGAUUUUGGAUCCACAUGCAGGAUGCUGUGUACUCCCUCCAACAAUUUGGGUUUUCAGAAAAGGAUGCAGAUGAAGUAAAAGGAAUUUUUGUUGAUACUAACCUGUACUUUCUGGCUCUGACAUUCUUCGUAGCAGCAUUCCAUCUUCUCUUUGAUUUCCUUGCAUUCAAAAAUGACAUUAAUUUUUGGAAGAAAAAAAGAAGCAUGAUUGGGACGUCUACAAAAGCAGUGCUUUGGCGGUGCUUUAGUACUGUGGUAAUAUUUCUCUUCCUUUUGGACGAACGAACAAGUUUGUUGGUGCUGAUCCCAGCAGGCAUUGGUGCAGUGAUUGAGCUCUGGAAGCUGAAGAAAGCUUUGAAAAUGACAAUCAAGUGGCAAGGCUUGAGACCCAGAAUUCAGUUUGGUACGUACAGUGACUCUGAAAAGAAAACUGAAGAGUAUGAUACCCAGGCUAUGAAAUACUUGUCAUAUUUGCUCUAUCCACUGUGUAUUGGAGGUGCGGGUUACUCCUUGCUGAAUGUCAAAUACAAAAGCUGGUACUCCUGGUUGAUUAACAGUUUUGUUAAUGGAGUAUAUGCUUUUGGAUUCCUGUUUAUGCUGCCCCAGCUGUUUGUAAACUACAAGAUGAAAUCUGUGGCACACUUACCAUGGAAGGCUUUCACAUACAAAGCAUUCAACACCUUUAUUGAUGAUAUAUUUGCUUUUAUCAUCACUAUGCCAACAUCUCAUAGGCUGGCGUGCUUUAGAGAUGAUGUUGUGUUCCUGGUCUAUCUUUACCAAAGAUGGCUUUAUCCUGUGGAUAAGAGCAGAGUGAAUGAGUAUGGAGAAUCUUACGAAGAAAAGCCCCACAAAAAAAGCUCAUAGAGAAUAACUAAGAAUUGAAGAAGAUUCUAACCCUUGGACUCUUACUAGCUUCAUGUAUUAUCUGGUCUUAAGGAAGAUAAAACUUAUUUAAUAAGAGUAUUUUUAAAGCUUAUGACAGAUCUACACGGACAAUACAUCUUCUAUAUUGCCAAAAUCUAGUUUUGAUAUCCUCCUAUUUCAAGAUCCUUUUUCAUCCUCACAAGUUCCACAGUCUGCCAGAUGUCAUUAAAUAAACAUCCUGCAUUUAAUCUUCUCCUCAGUGAAAACCUGAGUGUCUUGACCCUUGUAAUUAAUAUCCAAAUCUAUGUUUUUAAGACAACUCACUAGCUGAAAGUAUGGUGCCUGUGCCACUGGGCUAUGAAAUAUGAAAAAACAAGCCAGUGUGUUACAGCAGAAUCGACAUUAUUGCCAGACUGGAGGCUAUCAAAAAGAAAAUGUAUAAUAUUGGAUUUUAUGCUAAUUACAAAUCAUUCUUGUUUGAUAAUGGAGAUAAUGGAAAUUCUAGAAAUCGUGAUAAAAGUUGUAAAUUGUGUGUGGGCAUUUAAGUUCAUAGCUUAAAAAAAAAUGUUGGAAAUAUAGGAUGAGACAGAUGGGUUGUUAAAACAAUUCAAAUUCUGUCACAUUCUUAGCCCACAACAUGGCAGAGGGUUUCAGUUGUCUUAAACUGAAUGAUGAUGUGAAAAAAAGGUAACAUGAUUUCUUUUAAUAUGUAUCCAAGUUUAUAUAAAACCUUCAGCAUUGUUGACAGACCUUCCGAUUUCUUGGCAUAGCAGGUAUUCAUAUAAUGCAAGUCAUUGUUAUGUGCUAGGAAAGUCUUUUAACCAAUCUUAAAUUCUUAAUCAUGUGGUACCCCAGUGACCUGCUUGGCCAAUUCUCUCAUGUUUCAAAGAGAAUGAUUCCUUGGUCUUUCUCCUCUUCUCCCUGCCCAGUUCUAUUUGUAAGAUAAAACACACAAGUGGAAAGAUUUUACUCAAAUACAGUACCAGUUAAACAAACUGCCUGGAUACAGAG